AUGGACCGCACCCUCACCGCCCGACCCCUCAAGCGCUCCGCUCCGCUCCCCAACUACAGCGACAGAGCACAGGCCCGCAUCAUCAGGCAGAAGCUCCUCGAGCACGAGCAGGAGAUUGAGGACCUCCAGGCUUUUAACAUUACUCCCACCAACUCGUUCCCACAGGAAGAGCUUCGUAUCCUCACUGAAUCCUUCUCCUCCGUCAAAGCCGAGUUCACCGACCUCGACGGCCUAUCUUGGGAAACCCCUCUCGCUCGCCAGGUUCUCCUCGCAUGGCACUCCCAACAAGCCGCUCGUUCCCGCGGUAACCACGCCCAGCAUCUCGAUUUCGCCAUCCUCGCCGGACGCAUCCGCCGGAGCCCAUCCUCCAACCGCUCCCUUGCGUCUAUCCUCGCUCCUCCGAGGCUCAGUACCAGCUCGCCCGACCCCUGCCCCCUCACGCGCGAUCCGCAGGCGACGCUCCGCCCCACGACCCGCCAUGCACGCUCUCUGGAAGAGCAAAUUCGCGUUUCCGAGGUGGUGCGCGCGUUCACUCAAACGGACCGCCCCCGCCGUGCGGACGAAGCGACGGUCACUCCUACUGCAUCAUUUCCCUCGCACUUUCCGCGAGCCGCUGUAGGGGAGACGGAGCGGGCGCCGCUUCCUGCACUGUUCGAGCGCGAACCCGUCCCGGAUGGUGACGUCGGCCGCACGCCUCGGCCUCCCCAACGUCUGACUACUGUCGACUACGCGGACGUACACGCAAACGGCUUGGCGCUCACGACGCCGGUCCCCGCUCCCGCCCGUCGCGGUUCGCCGUCGGCCCGAUCGGGGCGUCUACGGAUCGUGAAGUCGCACUCUGCGCCAAGCGUCCCUCUCGCCGUGUCUUCCUCCCCUCCGCCAACGCCGUCCUUACGCUCGGGACACGUGCGCGACGGGAACGCGUCUACCCUAGACGCCACCGGCUCCGCCCAGGCAAAUACCAGUCGCCCGACCAAGUCCCUGCCGCCUAGCCGAAUUCCUCUCCUUCGGACCAAGUCCCUUGGGGCAAAGUCGACAGCACAGCUUGCAUCCCGCGCUGUUCGAGAGCCGGGCUCGAGUUCGUCGGUUACUACGUCAAUAUCCACACCAACCUUCACCUUCUGCGCCGGGCCCUCCUACCCUCCAUCUAGUGGGGUGAAGUCGGCGGGUACGACCAUGGCUCGAACUGUUACCAGCCGCGCUCGAGGCGAGGCUGCUGGCCUGCACUCUCUCGAUGACGCGCCUCCUACAUCCCAUUUGCCUUCGUCCUACCCUUCUCCGUGCGAAGGCGAACGCACAAUCUCGCUUCCGCUUCGCAGAGUGGGCUCCCAACCCGCCCAGACAGUCAAGGCUCUGCCCCAGCGCUCUGCUCUGUCUUGCUUCCCUUCGUCCGACGGCGACGCCUCUAGCGCUCAUCCUCGCUGUCAGUCCAAGGCGAGGUCCGGCGUUCCCGCAACGGUCUCAGCAGAAACGGUGGGCACGACCGCGGACACUGGGAAGGACACCCAAGAAGGGACAGCAGAUUCCACCGCAAGCAGCGAACGCGACUCUGUUCAUGAAUUGGGCGAUGGCAACCGGGCGGAUGGAAGAAGAGCAAGGCUGGUCCUGAUAGAAAGGACGAGGCCGCUGUGACCCUUGUCUCGGGGACGAACCUUGAUGGAGGAUGCGGAUGCGAAGGAGGAGCGGGUCGCUCGUCUCUCUUACAUCUCCGCAUCUCUGCGACGCCCUGGGAGACCCUACGUCGGACAGGGCGCACAUCCUUUCAGAGUUCGCUCCAAAUCGGACAUAAGCUUGGACCUUCGACUUACUUCGCGCGUUUUGAUCUAUCGUUCGUUAUUGUAGCAGCUCGUCUGCUUGAUUGACUAUCCACGUACAGCCGCCGAAGCAUUGCUAUCCACUACACGUCACGUUCCGGAAUUCCAUCGCAGAUGUCAUUGUAUCGCACGUCCCGCGUUACUGUAGUUCUAACGCAUUAUAUCAAAUCGAAUGCGUGCACGUGUGCCGAGAACAUUCGAGAUACAUGC